AUGGCUUCAAUACGAUCUCCGGAACCGCACAGCGCUGCAGACCCAUUUGAGCUACAACGUCUCGCUGAAGAGCUCGCUGAGCGCGAGGCAACAUCACCACCGGUGGCCACGGCCUUCGAUGAGGUCUCCAAGGCUGAACGUGACCUACCCAUCUAUGUACCCUUGUCUCAUGAAAACCCAUACCUACGCGCGGAGGCUUUCAAUGUGGAGGAGUUCUUGCUCUCGAGGGCUUACACGUCCUUGCCGGACUUGCGCCUGGAGCUACGAGACUACCUGGCGACCCUGAAGGAAGAACUCGUCAGACUUAUUAACGAUGACUACGAAGCUUUCAUCAGCCUCAGUACGGACUUAAGGGGAGAGGGUGCUCGGCUAGAGCGGAUGAAGGCCCCUCUAAAGGAUCUGAAGUACCAGGUGCUUACACCUCGUGAGCAGGGAACGCGGAAGAUACUGCAAGAUAUCCAGGACAAUACUGAACAGAAGUUGAAAGAGCGCUCAAAAAUCCGCGAACAGAAGGCAUUCUUGCACCUGCUGCUCAAGAUAUCGGAAUCUAUUACUCGUUUAGAAUCACUCUUGCUUAUUACCGUGCCCUCCGAUGGAGACCGGAUAUCCUCCGAGGUGAAUGCCCUCAGAGAUAUCCACCGCUCAGACGACCGUGGUCCCGAUGACAGGACUCGUGCCAACCGCGCCAAACACCUUGCACGCGUCGCGUCCGAGUACACUCAGUUGCUCUAUCACGUUUUCCGUGCUCGCGAGUACGGCAGCGCGUUCAUUGACGAGUCACAAUGGCGCGUUGACAGGAUCAAAUCCACACUGUCCUCAGACCUCGACCACCUAUUCGCGAGUACGCUCGUGGCGCUUGCAGCGGGCCGCGAGCAGGGCCGCGAGACCAAAGCGAGUGAGCUCGAGCGUAGCAAGUGGGUCGCGGACGUGACCGAGUGCCUCCGCACGUACGACAUGCUCGGGCUCUGGCGCGAUGCAGAGGACGUGCUGCGCAAGGAGGUGGUGCGCGACUUUGUGAAGAAGACGAUCCACCCAAAUGCGCUCUCGACCCCGCACUCCCCCAUCGUCCCACACACGCCGUUCGCGCCCAGUUCCGCUGCCUCGGGCGCACGCCCACACACGCCGCUGCCCACUGCGACGCAUCCCCCGCGCACGCCGUACACACCCUUCACCGCUUUCGCGUCCAAGCAGAACCCGUUCGCGCUUAGCCUGCACCCGUCCGCGGGUGGGGCUGAGGCCGCGCCGCCAAUACACAUGCUCGACGACCGCGACGACUCACUCGCGGCGCUAUACAACGCUGUACUGCGAUUCGUCGACCGCGACCUGAAGCGUGUGAUGGAAAUUGCGGAAGGUGUGUGCGCGAAGAGCGGUGCGCGUGGACGGAGGGAGGCGGGAGAACAGGGCGCGGGCUUCGAGGUCAUGGCGAAUGUCGUGUGGGCGGAGGUUGGCCGUGCGAUCAUGGACGAGCUAGGCAGUGUGGUGUUUGCGGCGGGGAAACCUGACGAGUUUCGUAAGCACCACGAGACGACGCAGGCGUUCACCCGCGCUUUAGAGUUCCUCGCACCUUCAUUACACUCCAUUGAGGUGAUGCGUGCGCACCCCACAUACACUGCCUUUGAGCGUCGAUGGCAACUUCCUGUUUACUUUCAAUUGCGGUGGAAGGAGAUCGUCACUAAGGUGGAGGAGUCGUUAGCCACCACUCGCCUAGAACGACUGAGCAGCAAAGCUAUAGCGCCCUUCGUGACUGCUCAAGCAGCCAUAGUAUGGGACGCAAUCAACACAUGCUGGAGUGCAGAAGUAUACAUACCCGAGCUUAGCCAUCGCUUCUGGAAAUUAACACUGCAGCUCAUUAGUCGAUACAAAGCAUGGCUUGACAACAGUCUGCCAGCAUUCGAACCCCCAUCCAAAGUUGCCGCAGCCGUCGCAGCUGAGAAGAUGGGACUCACUCCAGGAUCACCUGCAAAUUUACCGCGCGCUGCAACGCCAAACCUGCCGACAGAAGCUGCAUCGCCUGAGUCAACUGCGGUGGACGAGAUCUCUCUGCAGCAGUUUUCCACCGCUAUUAUCGAUAUCAAGGCGAUGGACGCGGAGGUCGUGAAGUUAUGGCGAGAGGAAUUGAGUGUGAUGAUGCCCGAGUCAAUAGACGAUGGGUCUGACGAAAAUAUUGGUCCCGAGGCUGAACCAAGUUAUUUCGUCUCCUUGAUUUUCCGUCCUGUCAGGACGUUCUUCGGCGUUGGAUCUGCAGACGGACCAGGGGCCCCGUUGAGAGACGAGCUCCUGCAAUCUUACGCCGAAGAGAUCUUCGAGAUCGUUACCCAGAGAUAUAUUCACUUCUUAUCGGCCAUGAAGAAGACGGAAGAAUCCCUACGCAGACUGAAGAAGAACAAAAAGACCUCAUACUCACUUUUUGGUUCAAGUUCGUCCAGGGAUGACGACGGUCGUGCUGAUGAAGAGAAGAUCCGCGUUCAAAUGGUUCUCGAUGUAGAGGCGUUUGGUAAGGACGCUGAAUCGCUUGGUGUGUCCGUGCAGCAAAGCGAGACCUUCAAAAUCCUGCGAGAGAUGGCAGGUAGCACCUUGACUGAUGCAGCAGAAUACGAUGAUAUGUAAAGCAAUAGUCCCCGGAAUAAUACAUGGAGGCGUUCAAUACUAUUGUACGCGGCGUGGAUUAUGACGACUCAGACGGUAGACAUUUACUAUGGUAUAUGGCACCUGUCCGCGAUACAAUAACUGCAGCACCAGCACUUAUGUCUUGAUCAUUAGAUUGUUUUUUCUUGACAAACGCUUCUCCACAACCUCCACACUUUCCCUGAGAAGGUGCCCAUCCUCGUAUUCGCUCCUGCGCCAGCUCUUGAAUCGCAGCAAAGACGCUGUCGUCGACGAGAUGUUUUGUUAUGAUCAGCAUAUCGCCAUCUGAGCGGUAUGCCUCCAGCAUGCCAGUAAAGAGCAUUCUGAACUCCGCAUACAACGUGGGCUUUGAGACGGAGUUGGCUGAAGUUGCUGUGAGCAGGCGCUUGAACAGCCGUGGAAGAGAGACGGCCUUUGCAGAGCUGAUAGUCAUCAGCGAUGCGAACGUCUCCUGCACAAGCAGGCGC